AUGGCAACCCAAUACAACAAUGAACUGAAAUGUGUUAGCGUAGAGUGGGACUUCCUUCAAGGACUGCUCGUAAAGAACCAACCAGUCCCUUGUCUACAAGCCCUCCGGAAGGAGAAAUCUCGCAAUGCUGCUCGCUUUCGCCGGGGCAAAGAAAACUUUGAGUUUUACGAAUUGGCGAAGAUGCUUCCACUCCCGGGAGCCAUCACGAGCCAACUGGACAAAGCUUCCAUCAUCCGGCUGACGAUCAGCUACCUCCGGAUGAGGGACUUUGCCAAUCUGGGGGAUCCCCCUUGGAACUUGAGGAUCGAGGGGCCCCCGCCCAACAUCUCCGUAAAAGCAAUAGGAACCCAACAGAGGGGAAGCCCCACUUCCUUGGCCAUUGAGCUAUUUGAACAGCACUUAGGUGGACACAUCCUGCAGUCCUUGGAUGGCUUUAUUUUUGCACUAAAUCGAGAAGGGAAAUUCUUAUACAUCUCCGAAACUGUCUCCAUCUACUUGGGACUGUCACAGGUGGAGCUGACAGGCAGCAGCAUCUUCGAUUACAUUCACCCCGGGGAUCACGUGGAGGUGGCAGAGCAGCUGGGACUGAAACUGCCCACCGGCCGAGGGCACAGCUCGCAAACCUCCAACGAGGAUGGGGCAAGUUCGACGUCUUCCUCCUCAUUGGCUGAGACGCCCGACCCAGUCUAUUCGGGCAGUCCUGGUCUCCUGGGCGAUGAUAACAUGUUGGAGCGAACUUUCUUCAUCCGCAUGAAGUCAACACUGACAAAGCGAGGGGUUCACGUAAAAUCUUCAGGAUACAAGGUUAUUCAUGUCACAGGGCGCUUGCGAUCUCGGAUUUCGCUGCCUCACACUCGCGCUGUUCCCACCGGCUUCAUGGGGAUGGUGGCUCUCGCCCACACUCUCCCUCCUUCCACCAUUAAUGAGGUCCGGAUCGAGUGCCACAUGUUUGUAUCCAGGGUCAGCCUGGACCUGCAGAUCAUCUACUGUGAGAACAGAAUCUCUGAUUACAUGGACCUGUCCACCACAGAUGUAGUGGGAAAAAACUGUUAUCACUUCAUUCACGCUGAGGAUGUUGAAGGAAUCAGGCACAGUCACCUGGACUUGUUAAACAAGGGUCAGGUGGUUACCAAGUAUUACCGCUGGAUGCAGAAGAACGGGGGCUACAUGUGGGUGCAAUCGAGUGCUACGAUCUCCAUCAACGUCAAGAAUGGAAAUGAGAAGAACAUCAUCUGGGUCAACCAUGUACUGAGCAAGCCAGAGCACCGAGAUACUCCGAUGGACAUCUCUCAACUCCCGUUGUCAGCCAUCAAAUCUUCCAAGCAACUGGAGUUAUCGGAUUCAGAGUCCGAUUCCCGGGAACACUUAGAGAGGGACAAUCCCAAGGACGCGGGGAGGCGAAGCAGCUACGAGAAGGUGGCGGGGCCGCGGCCGGAGGACUGGAAGCGGUCGGCCACUCAGUCGGAGGAGGAGAUGACCUCGGCCAAGGACGACAGCGACUCCAGCCUCCCCGACGACUCGGACAGCGAGGGGCCGAGCGCCGGCCGCAAGAGCUUCGUCCUGUCCAAGGUCAAGCGCAUGAAGGUCGAAGGUCACGGCGAGGGCCGGCCGGCUCGCGAGGCCCGAGGCGCCACCCCCGGCGGCGUUGAUGGCGGCGGCGGCGGCGGAGGAGGAGGAGGAGGCGACACGGACAGCUCGGAGGACGAGAGCAGCGGCGGCGGCGGCCUGCCCAGCAAACACCAGUACCUGAAGCGCAAGAAGAAGCCCCGGGACGGCUCCGCCGCGCGCGCCAAAUCUUCGGACUCGCCCAGCCCCAGUGCUUCCGAUUUUGGCGGCGGGCGGGCCGCCUCCAAUCCCGCCUCCGACCGCAUCUCCCCGCUGAAGAUCAAGACCGAGGUCAUCCAGCCCAUCAACUUCGACAACAACAGCACCAUCUGGAACUACCCGCCCAACCGGGAGGUCAUGAGGAGCGAGCUGCCCUACCGCCUGGCCAAGGCCUCGGCCUCGGAGCCCUUCCACCCCGCGGCGCCGCCGCCCACCGCCCUCCACGUCGCCAUCCCGGACUCGGUGCUGACCCCGCCGGGCGCCGACGCCGCCAACAACAACAACAACAACGGCGGCCAGAAGACCCCCUUCAGCGCCUCCCCCCGCGCCGUCCUGGGCGGCACCUCGGACGCCCUGUCGCCGCCGCUCUCGGGCUCCCCCCGCGACGACAAGGCGCAGGCGCAGGCCCAGGCGCAGGCGCCGGUGGUCUACACCAGCGAGCUGGAGAUGGUGCAGCGGCUGCACGCCGGCAACAUGGUGCUGCCGCUGGUCCACCCCAUGGGCGGCGCUGUCGUGGGCGGCGGCGGCGGCGGCGGCGGUGGGGGCGCCGCCCACCCCCCGGCCCUCGCCAGCGCCAGCGCCCCGCAGAGCCUCUACACCACCAGCACCAUCCGCUACGCCCCGGCCGACGUCACCCUGGCCAUGCAGGGCAACCUGCUGCCCGCCGCCGCCGCCGCCGCCCACGCCCUCAACUUCGUCGACCUCAACGCCUCGAGCUUCGGGGCCGACUCCAAGGCCCAGGUGGAGAUGAUCUACCACCACGUCCAGCGGCUCAACAUGGCCGGGCCCUUCGCCGGCCCCGCCGGGCCCGUCGGCUUGACCCAGGUGCCGGCGGGCAGCGUCUUCACCACGGCCGAGGCCCUGUUGUCCACCCUCCCCUUCCCCAUGAACACGGGCAGCAUCCACGCCCCACAGACUCUGGAACGCAAGGAAGACUGACCAUUGGCUUCCACACCCUGGGCCACCUCUCCUGAGCGGGAAGGGAGAACCUCUUACACUCUGUUCUGGCUCAAAGUUGCCCCUCUCUUUUGCUUUUGAGACGAUGGACCUUG